AUAAACAUCCUGAAGUACUCUGUACUGCACACACCUCUGGUCUCAGAGUGUAAGCAGACAGCUCAGCUGACACUCAGAGAAGAAGACUUUUGUGAGGACAUCUGAAGCAUAAUGUCUGAGCGCUAUGACUGCACAGAAUGCAAGGACUCCCUGUACGGGCAGAAGUACAUCCUUAAGGAGGAAAGUCCCUACUGCAUCAAGUGCUAUGAAGAGCUCUUCUCCAGCAACUGUGAAAUGUGCCAGAAGCUUAUUAGCUGCACCGCCAAGGAUCUGUCCUUUAAGGACCUUCACUGGCACAGUGAGUGCUUCCUCUGCAACAUGUGCAGCACAUCCCUGGUAGAUCGGCCGUUUGCAACCAAGGACGACCUCCUGAUGUGCACUGACUGCUACUGUGCUGAGUAUUCCUCCAAGUGCAAUGCAUGCACGAAGACUAUCAUGCCAGGGACCAAGAAGAUGGAGCAUAAGGGCAUCAGUUGGCAUGAGAAAUGUUUCACCUGCAAAUCCUGCCAGCAGCCCAUGGGCACUAAGAGUUUUGUCAAGAAGGAUGGCAACAACUACUGUCUGGAUUGCUAUGAGAAACUGUUUGCCCUGCAGUGUGUGCACUGCAAGAAGCCCAUAACGACUGGAGGGGUGAGCUACCAUGACCAGCCCUGGCAUAAGGAAUGCUUUCUUUGUAUUGGCUGCAAAAUGCAGCUUGCUGGCAAGAGAUUCACCUCUCGAGAUGAUGUAACCUACUGCCUUGAGUGCUUCUGCAACUUGUUUGCAAAGAAAUGUGCCUACUGCACCGACCCAAUAAGCGGUCUCGGGGGCAGCAAGUACAUUUCUUUUGAGGAUCGCCAGUGGCACAACAAUUGUUUCAACUGCCGAAAAUGCAGCAUGUCGCUGGUUGGUCGAGGCUUCCUCACGUUCGAGGAGGACAUCCUCUGUCCCGACUGCGGUAAAGACAUCUGAGGAUCUCUGUGGAAUAGACAGAAGAGUCAAACCAGCUUAACGGAGACAACUCUGCAGCAAGUUUAAAAUAUGUUAAUUGUUAUAUUAUAUUUCAUUUUGCAUAAUCUAUACUUCCACGCUGUCUUUCUUUGUUUUGUUUUGAAAGAAAAUCUGCAAAACUUGUGAAACUUUGUCUUAAAGAACUCUGGAGUGUAAGUCUUUGUGGCCUAAUUACUGCUAGGUUAAACCAAAUAACAGCAUUAAGAUACUUUUAAAGGAUAGAAAUCUAAUAAUUGUUCCUACUAAUGCUUUUUUCUAACCAUUUUAGAUCGACUAAAAUGUAUAAGUACAAGUAAAGCAAAGUUUGAUCAGUACUUAUUCCUGGAUUUCAGUCAAAUUAAAAGCCUGUUAUCAGUUAUUUGGAUCUGAAAGAAACAUUUUUUUUUUACUUUAGUUUAAUAACUUGCCGUUAUGUUGUCUUUAUUUUUUUAUGAACUAUUUGUUCAGUUUUUUCACAUACUGGCAGAUUAUGGUUAAUUAUUGUCAUCUGUUUAAACUAAAUCAAGCUCAGUGUUUCCUGAUGUCUAAUAAUUUUAUUUGAAUAAGUAGAAUAUAUGAAAUAAAAGCAUUAGGUUGUCAAAGUAAAACUA